AUGGCGGAGUUCGAGGCACGGGAGCUGUCGGAGUUAUCCACGGAGGAGGAAGCGGAUGCGGUAGCCGGGUAUCUCUAUAGGAGGUCCUCAGAUAUGGAGCUGGUGUUAGCUCAGGCGGUGGGGAACCAAGACAAGGCGCACGAAAAGCAGAAGCUGGACUUUGACUUGAGGAGGACAACGGCCUUAGAGAUGGAGAAGUUGGAGAAGGGGGACUUUGUCCGCAUCAAGCCGAGUAAGAGGGUGGUGUGGGUGAAGCAGGCUAAGAAGUUUAAGACGUUAUUCAGGGUGAAGGAGGUGGAGCAGUUCGAUGUAGUAGUGGAGGAUAAGGCGGGAGCCACACCCCCACUCUCCCCACGAAGUAUAGGGAAUGUGGAGGGGCUGGUGUUCCCGGACCUAUGGGUUAAUUGGGGAGAGAUCUGCGGAGGGGAAUCGUUCAAGGUAGUGUUUCUAAGGGUACUGGUGGAAGGGAGUGGAGGAGCACCGAGGAUGCAGCUAAUAGACAUGGAUGAUCCACGGGUGGAAGGGAGGAGCUUGGACGUAAGGAAGGGAGGGGCAAAAGUGGCCAUACGGUAUGUGGUGAUGGUACCCAUGGGAUACGAGUUUGAGCAUGGAGAGAUCUUCUUGGCACCGGAUGGCACUAAGGUUCAGCGUGCAUGGCAGGUUGAGUGGGUGAGUGGACCGGUUGUGGUGGAGUCACACUAUCUUUACUGA